UUGAGGUUAUAUUUACUACUUCAAAUAUUGUUUACCUUUUAAAAGACCAAGAAACAAAUAUUUAAAUGAAAAAAUGUACCGAAAAUUCGCCGCACUUUCAGUUACCGUUCUAGUAACUAGUUUCCUCGUGCCGCAAUAUACGAUAAACAUACUGGGCAGCAUAAUAAAAAACUCCCUGUAUCCCAGCAAGAGAUUCACAAAACCAUCCCAAAACGUUCUAACCAAAGAACAAUUAAAACUCUACAAUGGCAUAGACAAACCAGAGUUGUAUUUAUCAAUCCUAGGCGAAGUUUUCGAUGUAACGAAAGGCGCGAAACAUUACGGCCCGAACCAGCAAUACAACAUAUUUGUAGGUUGCGAUGCGUCCAGGAGCUUCGUAACGGGUAAAUUCAGUAUCGAAGACAUCAGCGAUGAGGUUGCGGAUUUAAGUAAAGAAGAUUUACGGUCGUUAAAUCACUGGGUUAGGUUUUAUAAGAAACAGUACACUCACGUUGGUGUAUUGCUUGGUAGGUAUUACGAUGAAAACGGGGAAAUAACGCCCUACGGGAAAGAGGUGAAGAAAUUAAUAAAAUCAGCUGAAAAGGAUAAAGAAGAAGAGAAAAAAUUGCAGCAGAAAUAUCCGGGUUGUAACGUGGAAUGGGAUCCGGAUAAAGGUAGCAGAUUUUGGUGCUCGACAGGAAGUGGUGGAAUCGAUAGGGAUUGGGUAGGCACUCCUAUGCAAUUUUACGAGGUGAAUUCAAAAAGUUACAGAUGCGCAUGCAUCAAGGAAACGGAAUUGGAUUCUUUGGGGAAUGUUAAGAAAUAUGAUAAUUGUGAUGCGAAAUCUAAAUCAUGUUUUGUGAAAAACAUAGAUUAAUGUUGAGGUUUUAUUGUAAUUAGUAAUAUUUAUUAAGAGAAUUUUAUAUUUUUUAAUA